UGCAGAUUUCCCGUGUAUUUUAACUUGAAGAUAACCCAGUUUUCAAGUGAUGUCAUUUCAUUUUGUCUAUUGCAAAGUGAUUAUUGACAGAUUUAACUGUGUCACUGCUAAAUAUCUUUGAAAUUUAUUGAUAACAGUUUCAUAAAUCCGUGCAUCAUUUUGCCUUUAGACUCAGACAAGAAACAUUGUGUAAUAGUAAUACUAAUAGGCCUACACCUAUCAUGUCUUCAAAAGAUCAGUUUGUUUUCACUCUUCGAGGAGGUUUAAAAAUGCCAGCUUUGGGACUUGGGACAUAUGCACCUAAAGAGGAUGAUGAUGAUGUAUUUAAUGCUGUUCACACUGCAGUCAAGGUCGGAUACAGACAUCUAGACUGUGCUGCAAUCUACAGGAACGAGAUAGCAGUGGGCAGUGCCAUCAAGAAACUCAUUAUAGAGGGAACAGUACAGAGAGAAGAUCUGUUCAUUACAAGCAAAUUAUGGAACACAUGUCACAGACCGGAUCUUGUACGAGCCAGCUUGAAGAAAUCAUUAGACGACCUGGGACUCAAGUAUCUUGACAUGUAUCUAAUACACUGGCCUAUGGCCUAUAAGGAAGGGGGAGAGUUUCACCCUAGAGAUGAAAAUGGAAAAGUCUUAUUUUCUGAUGUAGAUUAUGUAGACACUUGGAAGGCAUUAGAAGAUUGUGUAGAUGAAGGACUAGUCAGAAAUAUUGGUGUAUCAAACUUCAGUAGUAAACAGCUGCAGCGUAUCCUUGAUAAAGCCAGAAUUAAACCACAGAUUAACCAGGUGGAGUGCCAUCUACAUCUGUCAAACUCAAAGUUACAGAAAUAUUGUCAAGAGAAUGGAGUUGUGUUACAGGCAUACGCCCCGCUUGGUUCAUCUGGUAACAAAACAGAGCCCCCUCCGAAGUGUUUAGAAGAACCAGUAUUAUUAGAAAUUGCAAAGGCCAAAAAUAAAACUCCCGCACAGGUGACAUUGAGGUAUCUCUUACAAAGAGGUCUGUCAUUAGUUCCAAAAAGUGUGACACCACAGAGGAUACAAGAAAACUUCCAGAUUUUCGAUUUUGAGUUGUCUUCUGAUGAAGAGAAACAAUUGCAGAAUCUUAACAAAGACUUCCGUAUGCAUACUGAAGAUAUGUAAGUUAUUAAGCUAGACGUUGGCAACUUAAUUAGUACAGUCUUGAAUUUCAUACC